ACAUUUCAUACUACUGUGCUACUUUUGACACUUGCUUCUCCUCUAUGGCUCAGCUACGAUCUAGUCUGCAUGGUAUAGCACCGGCUCAAAACAUUUCACCCUGGAAUUCAGUCGACCACCUUCCCGCCCCGCCCGUCCUACCAUGGGUCCCGAACGCUAGCCCACCGUCUAUGCGAAGUAGUGUCGAUGCGUCGUCAUUGCAUGUCAUGAAGCGAUUCCAAGCCGCCAAUACCGACGAACAAGCCAAGAAGAGGGGCCGGUGGACCGUUCACAAAUGGUGGAUGCUCAUAUCAAAUACCAUUCUCUUUAUCUACGGUCUGGGUGGUGUGUUGCUCGCUGUGUUGACGUAUUUCAAACUGUACCUUCGAGCUGAUGUCAUUAUUGUCAGCGAACCUUUGCUCCUACGACUCGUGACUGCAGCAGGAAGUAUAAGCUUGAUCACCUCCUUCGUUGGCUACGCUGGCAUCAUGCUCAACAAUCGCGCUAUUUUGACCGUCUACAACGUCUUGCUAUGGCCAUGCUUUGCCCUGAUUGCUGCUAUCGGCUAUGUCUCGUACCGCAAAAAUAAAUGGAAUUUGGAGGGAAAGCUAUCGUACCAAUGGCACUAUAAUUUAUCAGCCAACGAUCGUGCUCGCAUUCAAGCCAACCUUCACUGCUGUGGAUACAAAACAUUCACUGAUUUCCAUGAGCGUUCUAACAAAUGCUUCCCUCGAACCCUCUUGCCAGGUUGCAAGUUCAAAUACCAAACGUUCAGUCGUCAAUGUCUGACCAACUGCUACAUCGUAGCUUUCUCCCUGAUACCCUUCCAUCUUUUCGUUCUCAUUAGCGCCCUGCUGUGCUCCAACCACAUCAAUCGUAAAUUCGGUAAAGGUCUUCCGCCUAAGAUUUACCGUUUGGACUAUCAAGGCCUAGUGGCUGGUACUCCCACCGGCAGCUCAGUCAAUGUCAGUCGCGUCGAACGAAAGCGCAUUGUUUCACAACAUAUUGACUCUUGAGCCAUCUCAUGUGUAUUCCAUUUGAAUUUUUAGUCAUACCCCAGAUCGCAAUAUAGAAAAGAAACAAAUAUUUUCAGUUAGAGACUUACAAUGAGCGUU